GAGUUAUCCAACCUUGCAAAACAAAGGAGAGCCCAAGAAAAAAAAAAUGGGAGCAUGGGAGCAUCAUUUGCCUGCCAUAGCUAUGGUGUUAAUGCAGGUUUUAUAUGCUGCUAUGGCUCUCUUAAAUAGGGCUGCCCUUGUUAAAGGCAUGAGUCCUAGGGUGUUCAUUUUCUAUAGACAAACUAUUGCUACUUUGGUCAUUUCUCCGAUUGCUUAUUUAAUUAGGGGGAGAUCUAAUACUGCUGGCAUGGGAUUUAGGAGCUUUCUUUUGAUCUUCGUCACAGCCUUCAUUGGGGUGGCUUUAAAUCAGAACAUGUACUUUGAAGGGUUAUACCUGGCUUCAUCAUCGAUUGCUAGUGCAACUUCAAAUAUGAUCCCUGCAGUCACCUUCUUGAUAGCUGUUGCCAUGGGGUUGGAGCAAGUACAGACAAAAACAUUAAGCAGUGCAGCAAAGAUACUAGGGACAGCCUUCUGCGUGGGAGGAGCAAUUUCCAUGGCACUGUUGAGAGGCCCGAAGCUACUAAAUGCGCAACUCGAACAACCCAACUCUCUUUUCCAGCACUUGUUAGGGGUUGACAACACCUGGUUACUUGGUUGUCUAUGCCUCUUUGCAAGUAGUUGUUGUUGGUCCUUGUGGCUCAUUUUGCAGGUCCCAGUAACAGCGCGUUACCCAGACCACUUAUGUCUCUCCGCUUGGACUUGCUUCAUAUCAAUGUUGCAAACAGGUGCAAUUGCUCUAUUCUUUGAGCGUGAUCCUGUUGCUUGGAAUUUGAGUUCCAACCUUGAACUAACUUGUUGUUUUUUCUCGGGAAUUUUGGGAUCUGGGGUACAAUUCUUUAUUCAAUCGUGGUGCAUCUCGCUUACUGGUCCUUUUUACGCUGCUAUGUUUACUCCUUUAGCCACUGUCAUAACCACUGUUCUAGCUUGUAUAUUUCUACAUGAAGAACUUUAUGUUGGCAGUUUACUAGGUGCUGUCGCGGUGAUCAUUGGUUUAUAUGUUGUGUUAUGGGGUAAAUCUAAAGAGCUCAAGAGUAAAUUGGAUCCUAUUUCAGGAAUAGGCCCAAUUAAAAUAGCCCAAGAAAAAUGUGAUAAGAUUGAUUUGGAGCAGCCAUUACUGAUAGAUGAUACGAAUACUCCCCAAAAGAAUGAGGCUAGUUGAUUGUAGAACUUUAUCAACCUAAUCAAUUUUGUGAUAUAUGUAAUCCGAAUUAUAUUUAGAAGUAUGGAAAUAGAUGUUUUUGAUAGUGGAA